CCGACCCAAAUACAUAAACGGGUCAAACAAACCCAUCGAAUCUCCCAAUUUGCCGGAUUUUGAACAACAAAAAACGAGCUAGAAGAAGAAGAAUCUACCAGAAGAAUUGGUUCGAUGUCGUCGCAACCGCAAAUUCCUGAAAUGAGCACUGGAGUUGGAUGGUACGUUCUGGGCCAGGACCAGCAGCUUAUUGGUCCGUACACAAUAUCUGAGUUGCAAGAGCAUCACUCGAGUGCCUACUUGCAUGAAAGCACACUUGCAUGGGCUGAAGGGUGCAGUGAUUGGCAGCCGCUGUCAUCAGUUCUUGGGGCUGCAACCGGUUCACAGCAAAAUGCUCCUAGUGAAGUUCCUGCUACCUCUAACGAAGAGGAUGAGUUUGAAAAAUGGCAGAGGGAGGUUAAGGAGGCUGAAGCAGCAGCAAAGGCAGAGGCCAACUUAAAUGACGAUCCGGAUAGGCCUUCAACUCCUCCUGAGGGCGAGGAGGAAUUUACUGAUGAUGAUGGAACUAUAUAUAAAUGGGAUCGGACUCUUAGGGCUUGGGUACCUCAGGAGGAAACAGAUCAGAAGAAAGAGGAUUAUGGUCUGGAGGAUAUGGUGUUUGUGCAAGAAGAGGAAGUCUUUCCAAUAGUGGAUGCUAGUGAUCUGCCAGUGAAAAAGGAGGACAAUGAUGCUGUUGUUGUAGCUGUUGAAGAAAAACAAAAUGGCAAGCGAAAGCAACGAGAGGAAAGUGCUGAUAAGCAAGCUACUACUGAAAAGAAGGAACCCAACAAACCACCUGAGUCUUGGUUUGAUUUGAAAGUUAAUACACAUGUAUAUGUAAAUGGCUUGCCUGAAGAUGUCACUAUUGAAGAGAUGGCUGAAGUGUUCUCGAAGUGUGGGAUCAUAAAAGAGGAUCCUGAAACAAAGAGGCCUCGAAUAAAGAUCUAUGUUGACAAAGAAACUGGAAAGAAAAAGGGAGAUGCUUUGGUAACUUAUCUGAAGGAACCUUCUGUAGACCUAGCUAUCAAAAUUUUGGACGGAGUUCCUCUAAGGCCUGACGAGAAGACUCCCAUGUCAGUUUCACUUGCUAAGUUUGAGCAAAAAGGUGAAAAAUUUAUAUCCAAGCAAGUAGACAAUAAGAAGAAGAGAAAGCUUCAGAAAGUUGAGCAGAAGAUGUUGGGCUGGGGUGGCCGUGAUGAUUCGAAGGUUUCUAUGCCAGCAACUGUCCUUCUUCGUUACAUGUUCACUCCCGCUGAAUUGAGGGCCGAUGAGACUUUACACACUGAACUGGAGGAGGAUGUCCGUGAUGAGUGUGGAAAGCUCGGUCCAUUAGAUGCUGUCAAGAUCUGUGAGAAUCACCCUCAGGGUGUUAUCUUGGUGAAGUAUAAGGAUAGUAAGGAUGCUCUAAAAUGCAUAGAGUUGAUGAACAGGCGAUGGUUUGGUGGGAAGCAGGUGAAUGCAUGUCUGGAUGAUGGUACAGUUAACCAUGCUUUAGUACGCGAUUUGGAAGAAGAAACCGACAGAUUAGAGAAAUUCGGGGAAGAGCUUGAAAACGAGUGACAGAUUCUUGUAGGAAGGGCACAGACAUAUCGUAUAAAAUGUAAAUGAGGAGUCUUAUGCCUGAAUACUGCAAGUUUCUUGAUUUAGUUUUGCAGUUUCUUAGAUUCACUGCUGAUUUAUAGUUACUUACACUUUCUGCUCUUUGGAGAGAUGGAUUCUGUAUAUUGUUUUUGCAGAAUGUAUCAAAGCUCUCUCUAUCUCUCUCUUACAAUUUGAGAGAGAGAGAGAGAGAGAGAGAGAGCAAGUGACAGUCAACUCUUCUUGUUGAUCGAAAAUUAAUGGGAUUUUCUAUUUUUAUUUCUUA